AAUCCAAGUCGUUGAUAGACGCAGACAAUACUGUUAUGCGCGCCGCGUGCCUAGAUUACACCUAAAAUCGAAAUGGCCUCCCAAACCUGGACCCCGCCGGACAUAUCCGAAGUAUGUCCCGAUCAGAUCGCGCCUCUGACCCAGUGCUCGCAAAUCGGCUUCAUGUACUUAUCGUUGCUGGCUCAAUUAUUCGGGAAUUCGUAUGACCGACAAAUAUACAAAAACCCGUACAGGGAUUACGGUGGGUCGCGGAGUUCGGAUUACGCUCGGGGAAUUCCAUUAGGGCCGGUCGUGGAUUCGGGUAUCGAUAAAUCACACACGGCUGUGGGGCCGUUGCUGACAAUGGACUUCUCCAUCGAUCACAACAGUGAGAUACACAGUCGCGAACCCGAAGACAGUCACGCGUAUUCGGGAUCACCGUUCCACUCGAAGCCGGAUGUAUUCGAUUUCCAAAAGCCGGAUUUUAAAUUUUCCUCCUUCGAUUCGCCGGUUUUCGAUUUUAAUUACGUUUCCAAACGUUUCGCGGAUGCCGAAGCAGCUGACAGCAAAGUGAGUGUUCGAGAAAAGAAAGUCACGAAGAAGGAGAACCGGAAGAAAAGAGAAGCAAGAGUAGAAGAAUAUGAUUUUAUUGUUGUCGGAGCUGGAUCUGCGGGCUGUGUCGUCGCUAAUCGUCUCUCUGAAGUCAAGAAGUGGAAGGUUUUGCUACUUGAAGCCGGUCCAGAAGAGCCAGACGUUACCAGCGUGCCAGGUUUUGCUCCAGCACUGGCUAGGUCAAACAUCGACUGGAAUUAUCGAACUCAACCCGAGGAGUUGACGUGCAGAGCACAGCGAGGGCAAACUUGUGCUUGGUACAGGGGUAAAACAAUGGGUGGUUCCAGCGCAUUGAACUAUAUGGUCUACAUGAGAGGAAACAAAAGAGAUUAUGAUGCAUGGGCAGAACUAGGAAACCUUGGGUGGAGUUACCGGGAGGUCUUACCAUAUUUCAAGAAGUCAGAAAAUAACCAAGAUAUCGAAUCUCGGGAUAAAUAUUUUCAUUCCACUAGAGGGCCACUAAACGUUGAAAGAUUCCCGUACAUAGAUAUCAAUACUAUGAUGCUGGUUGAAGCUUUCAAAGAAAAGGGUCUUCCAGUAACAGAUUUUAAUGCUGAAAACCAAUUGGGAACUGAUAUAGCUCAAUCUACAUCUAAGGAGGGCCGUAGGAUGUCUACAAACGUGGCUUUUAUUAGACCCAUACGUCACAAGCGGCCAAACUUGAAUGUUGUCAGUGAAGCUUUUGUAACAAAAGUGUUGAUUGAUCCAAUUAGCAAAACAGCUUUUGGGGUGCAAUAUUUCAAAAACGGCCUGUUAUUCACGGUACAUGCCAAAAAAGAAAUUAUUGUUAGUAGUGGUACUAUAAAUUCGCCUAAGUUACUAAUGUUAUCAGGAAUCGGACCUAGAUUUCAUCUAGAAAGCCUAAAUAUUCCAGUUAUUUCAGAUUUAGACGUGGGUCAUAACCUUCAAGAUCAUGUAACAACAGACGCUCUGGUGCUAGCUUUAUCUAACAAAACGUCUACGAUGGUUAACGGACGGCAACUUGUUAAUGAAAUAUACGACUAUUACUCACAACAUCCAAGGAAAAAUGGUCCAUUAGCAGCCACUGGGACCCUGAGCGGAACAGCUUUUAUAAAAACCCAAUUUUCAUAUGACCAAGCACCAGAUAUUCAAUUUCAUUUUGACGGUCGAAACUUUAAAGAGUUUUAUUCUGAUCCUACGACAUAUUUAGCAACGAAUAUAUUCCCUCUAUCAUUUUACGACAGCUUGUCAGCUAGGCCGCUGUUACUAACCCCAAAAAGCAGAGGGUACAUACUUUUAAAUCAAACAGAUCCGGUAUUUGGACCACCUUUGAUUUAUUCCAAAUUCUUUACGAUCAGAGAAGAUUUAGAUGUCCUAAUAGCUGGUUUAAGAUUCGCUGUAAGCUUAGAAAAUACAGAAGCAUUCAAAAUCAGCGGUGCAAGCUAUGUAAAAAUACCUGUACAAGCGUGCUCUGGGUUUGACUGGGGCUCAGAUGAAUAUUUUAUUUGUCUAUUAACGCAUUACACUUCAACUAUAUUCCAUCCAGUCGGUACGUGUAAGAUGGGUCCUAAAUGGGAUAGAGAAGCAGUUGUUGAUCCGAGAUUAAAAGUAUACGGUAUAAGAAAUUUAAGAGUCGUUGAUGCUUCGAUUAUGCCAUUGAUUGUUAGAGGUAAUACAAAUGCACCAACUAUCAUGAUAGCUGAAAAAGCAUGCGAUAUGAUAAAGGAAGAAUGGUUGACGUAAAUAUUUAAGUUUAUUUAGGGUUUAUUGUAUAGUUCAUAAGUAUAAUAUAUAUUUGUGAAAUUUCAGUAUGAUUAUUUUAUCGUAAAGGCUCAUGAGAAAAGUUCAUUAGUUUGGAUGUAAAUAUUGGAAUGUGUACCUUAAAAAUAAAAUAAAACAUUUUUAUUUUUAUUA